GGCCGGUGCUGAGCUGCGACACCGUCAAAACCAUCGCCGAGCGCUGCGGCCGCAGCCCGGCUCAGGUCUGCCUGCGCUGGAACCUCGAGAAAGGCAAUGCCAUUGUUUUCAAGAGCCUCACACCCUCCCGGAUUGAGGAGAAUGCCUGGGACUUGGAGGUCGACGUUUUCGACUUCUCCCUUGGUAGCGACGAGGUGGCGGCGCUGGAUACAGUGACCACCCACAAGGUGCGGGCGGAGGCACAGAGCCACUGGCACCUGCGCCGCAGCGGGACGGAUGCGCCCCGGGGUCCCGGUCUGCGGCCCGAGAAACGGACGGUGCAGGAGGCCUCGGGACGUGUUUGUGCCGGGUGUUCCCAUACCCGUUGCAUGCCUGUCUGUGGUGGCCACAUAUCUGCAAGCCAAAGUUCCCGGUUUCAAUUCGCCUCGCAUGUGCCUAUCCGAACGUUUUUCUUUCGGAGUUCUCGUGCGAGUGCAAGUCCAUGA